AUGAUCCCGCCCGCCGUCCGCCAGGGUACCUGCAGGAUAGCGCCUGCUGCGACUCAGUCCCGCUCUGCGCAGACGUUCAGGGCCUUCUAUGCUACAAUACGAAACAACUGGCGGCAACCGUCAGCUCCCGCAGAGCCUGAGGAUGUCGAUCCUUCAGAAAAGGACUUCAUAAUGUCUAUCUUGCGCGCGAAUCCUUCUCUGCGCGACACCCGGUCCUAUCUAGCCUCAUUUGGUCCGCGUCCUAAGCCUCCAUCGCCUGCCCCAGCGAAACGUACGGAAGAGUCCGCCCCCACCGCUAUUCAAGAUCGCAAGACGAAGGAUGUUGUCCCGCCGGACAUCGCCCAGCGACUGCAGAGUCCAGUCGUCGCGUCGAUUCUCAACCCCAUCGUGCGGCGCACGGCACUGGUCAAGGUCCAGGCGCCGUUCACCGACCGACAGCUGGAGAGUGUCGCGACCGGCAUGGUUUACCUCGAGAAGCUAGGCCUCGUCAGCGUCAUAGUCGUCGAAAACGACAGCCUGCCGAAGGGAGAGGCGGGCGAGCGCGCUGCGCUGUUGGAGGAGACGAUGCGCGUCGUGAACGCACUCGAGAAGCAGGGCGCAAAGGCGCGUCCGGUGCUUGGCGCUGUCGUCCGUCUUGGGCCCAAACCAGAGGACGACGAGCUCGCAGCACAGCAGCGCGGAUUCGCCGUCCCCGAGGCGCACACCUUCCCUUCUGACCUGGUCCACAUACGCUCUGCGCUCCACGCAGGCGAGAUCCCCGUGCUCCCGCCCCUCGCGCUCGACUCGUUCUGCCGCUCUGUACGGGUUGACGCGAACGACGUCGUCGCUGCGCUUACCCGGGGUAUGGUAGAAGUGGCGGCUCAGGACGGACGUGGUCGGGACCCGGGCUUCGAUGGAGAAUCUGAGGACAUGGAUUUGACACCGCUGCGCCUCAUGAUCAUCAACAAAGAAGGCGGGGUCCCUUCGUACGCGCGCUCUGGGCUCCCUCACCUUCUCGUCAACCUCAACGCUGAGUAUCCUUACAUUCACAACACCUUCGAUCCUCGCUGGCACGCCUCGCACCCUACGGCUUUGUCUAAUCUGGCCCUUGCUCGCACAUGUCUCGAAUAUAUGCCUCCCUCUUCGUCCGCUGUCAUGGUAUCCCACCGCUCGCCGAGCUCCCUCAUCGCCAACCUCGUCACGAACAAGCCCGCCGUCAGCUCCAGCCUUCCGCAUGCUUUGCUACAGGGUAACCGCAAACUCACCCCUGCUACCCCCACACUCCUUCGGCGCGGAUUGCCCAUUCGCGUCAUCCGCACAGUCGCCGACGUCGACAAGGUGAAGCUGAAGGCACUCCUAGAGCAGUCCUUCCAGCGCAUCCUCGACGAGGAGUCCUUCUGGCACCGGCUCGAGACGCACCUCGACUACGUGAUCGUCGCAGGCGACUACGCCGGCGCCGCCGUCGUCACGCGCGAAGGCGGGCACGGCCCCGACGGCGAGCCCAUCACCUACCUCGACAAGUUCGCGGUGCUGCCGAGCCACCAGGGCGACGGCACGGUGGACUUCCUCUGGGUCGCGCUGCACGACGAGUCGUACGGCCUCGGCCUGCCGUUCUCCGCGAACCCAAACGGGGGCAAGGAGGGCAAGGGCGAGGGCUGCGACCUCGUCUGGCGGAGCCGCGCGGACAACCCCGUGAACAAGUGGUACUUCGAGCGCAGCUCGGGGCAUAUCCGCAUGGGCCGCUGGGUGCUGUUCUGGUGCGACGCGGAGGUGCGCUUGAAGACGAUUGAGGGCCGCCGCGGCAGCCAGGGGCUGUCGUACGUGGAGGACUGGGAGCAUGGCCGGCUCACGCACUGGGCCGACGUCGUCGACAAGAUACCUUCGAGCUGGAAAAAGUAG